GAUUCUCCAAGUCACGCUCGCUUUUCUGCGGCAAGCAGCAAGUAAGUUUAAAAUGUCCGCCAUACCGCGUACUCUCCGAGUCAUUCCAAAGACUUCUCUAAAGCCGGGGAGUAAAAUUCUCCCACCACCGCUCACAAACCAGAAUGAGCGUGCAUUCAAAGAGCCUCUGCUCCAGAUUAUGGCUCGCAAGCAACAAGAAGCAGGCGAUGUGUGGCCACCAAAUUUGCGCAUAGAGCCGCAUGUCACGAAGACAGCUAUUGGCAAAGCACCGGAGGAGAUGCGCGUUCAGCUGAAGAGAUUGUUGAAGGAACGGUGAACACGGCAUGGGUGUAUCAUAGACACCCUGUGUUGUUCCUUCUACCUUCGCAGGACCUGCUGCUCGAUGUAUUUAUGAACACCAUUUUAAUAGUGCCUCACGGUUUUAUCAUGUGGCUGCAUUCUGCAAAUUUCAUCCUGAAAGAACAUGCGAAUGUAGCUUCUCCAGCAUUCAGCCUCAUUCUUUGACACCAUCCUCGACAUCC